AUGCAGCGGCUUGAGUGUCACGUGAAGAAGUAUAACUGGGGGAAACGAGGCACCGAGAGCGAAGUGGCGCGGCUGUUCGCCGCCGGGCACAAGAAUUUCGAAGUGGACGAGGAUGAGACCUACGCUGAGCUCUGGAUGGGCACUCAUCCCGAUGGUCCCGCGGUGCUUUCAAAUUCCGCCACACGCCUUUCAUCGUUCAUCGCCAAAAGUCAUUCUGCCGGCUAUCUGAGCAAUAACAACUGGAAGGAAGACAUUCAUCUGCCCUUCAUCAUGAAAGUCAUGUCCAUAGCUCGAUCGCUCAGUCUCCAAGUACACCCUAAUAAGGAACAGGCUGUUCGGUUACACGAGCGUGAUCCUAUUCACUACCCAGACCGACACCACAAGCCAGAGCUCGCAUAUGCACUCACGCAGUUUGAGCUAUUAUGUGGAUUCAGGCCAGCAGCCGAAAUUCUUGCAAAUAUUGAAGCUUUUCCACCAUUACGGUACGUCAUGGACAGUCAUAAUUGCGAGAACCUGCGGAUUGUUUUGGGCAAAGAGAAGAAUCCGCAUUCUUUGAAAUGUCGACAAGCGUUGGCGGCCUGCUUCGGCGAGUACGUCGAUGAACUGAUUGAAUGCCUUGAUAAUGGAGUGCGUGGUUGUCUGAGCGAAGCUACCGUUAAAGUGAUUCAAAAGAUGUCCGUUGAUUUCCCGGGAGACGUUGGUGUGUUUUCUCCACUGAUUCUGAAUCAUAUGAUUCUCAAACCAGGGGAGUGCUGCUACUAUGCUGCUGAAGAGCUGCACGCCUAUCUUAGCGGAGAAUGCGUUGAAUGUGUUGGUUGCUCAAACAACACAAUUCGAGCUGCAAUGACUCCCAAGUUCAUUGACAGGGACGCAUUGUGCGAGGUGCUGAAUUACCGUAUGACGCCACCAGAAGACUAUCUCGUACCAGCCAUUCCUCUAACCGAUUAUCCCGGAGUUGAUGAGUACUCACCAGACUGCAAAGAUUUCCAACUGCACAGGAUACGGGUGUCUCCUUAUGUUUCUCAUGCAUUUCUUCCUGUUCUGGACUGCGCCUCCAUUAUGGUGAUUGUAGGAGGUUCAGCAGCCCUUGAGGAGGUUGAUGGGCCCAGUGGAAGCUCUGCAAAGACCCAGUCAUCAGUACGUCUGAAGACACUAGACUAUCGCGAAGUUUCACGUGGUGACAUCAUCUAUAUUCCUCCCGGAAGAAGGUUAAGAUUCACACGGUGCUCCGAACCUGUUGAAGCGUUCCGCACAUUCAGUUUUGAAAUCGGACCUGACCAUGAAAAUCGAAAGGUUGUCAAGGAAAUCAUGGCGACAAUGCCGACGAAGAAACCCAUAUUUACCAUCGACGAUUUUGUUGGUAAAGCGUUCGCCGUCGACUCAGAAAUGGAUGGUUUCAUC